AUGGCCGACUAUGUUCUUUUCACCGGCGAGGUCCUCAUGGCCGGCCAAAACCUUACAAACGGGCAGUACCGCUUGGCCAUGCAAUUCAACUGCGAUUUAAUUUUUUACGAAGGUGAGAACCCGAUAUGGGGUGCCAACACUGUGGGCCAAGGCGACGAUUGCUACCUCGCGCUGAAGCAUAAUGGCGAGCUAGUCGUUCGUCGCAGCGUCCACUAUACCUUAUGGUCAAGCUCUAGCAAGUCCAAGAAAAGGAAGUAUGCUCUCGUGCUCGAUGGCAAUGGCAAGCUCGGCAUCUACGGCCAGAGACGGUGGACAAGCGGCAACCGGAAGGAACUGGGCCUACUUUACAGAUCGACGGCCACGACUGUUGGGAAUAUACUGUCCCAGAAAUUUUUAAAUCUAUAA